AUGAAGCUGCUGGCACACGUUUUCCGGCCGCCAUGCGGCGCCGCGGUCAGGCACCAUGUCCGACUGGAGGUGAUCCUCCUCUAUGUGCCGUGUAUCUGCGCGGUCAUGGUCGCUCUGAUGAUGCAGGGACAAGACGCACCAUUCAGGUACCGAAUGAUCAUUACUUUGCAUAUCGUGAUGGCCCUGAUAUUGUCGGCCCUUGGCAUCUGGCUCUGGCAGAAGGAUGCCUUGCCCUCUGUGGCCCACUUCCUCGAAGACCCAAACCGAAGCAAUGAGCUAAUUGUCCUCUUUUCCUGGAUACCGCUCUUUGGCUUAGCAGCACCCAUGCUGGUUAUCGGGAGCGCACAAGACAUUGCGGACACCUCCUUGCAAGUCUUGGGUUUCCUGUUGUACCUUCCAGUGCUGGACGAGCCGCUCAACGUGAGCGUAGCGUGGGCUUCAUACGGUGGCCUCGCGAUAGCAAGAGCUUUGCAGCUUUGCACGUCUCAUGCUGGAAUGCCGGUCCAGCUCACACCGUUCCUUCGGCAUAUCCUACAAUUGGAGUUCCUUGUCUUUGUGACAAUGCGUACCAGGAUAUGGUACCUUGGGCGACAGUCCUCGCCUCUCACACCAUCCAGCUUGAAGGAUUCUGGGAAUUCCUGUUUAGGAGUUCAACUUCACCCUGAAUAA